UUUAUUCUUCUCCUACUUUAUAAUUUUACACCAAACAAUGGAGGAAAAAAGAUGUGCAGUUGUUACAGGGGGAAACAAAGGGAUUGGGUUUGAAAUAUGUCGCCAGCUUGCACUAAACAAUAUCCAAGUUAUACUAACAGCUAGAAAUGAGAGUCGUGGCAUUGAAGCUGUAAAGAAACUUAAUGGUCUUGGCCUUCCCAUUCCCAGUGUCAUUUUUCAUCAGCUUGACAUUCAAGAUCCAACUAGCAUGCCACAUUUGGUCCAAUUUAUUAAAACCCAUUUUAAAAAACUGGAUAUCUUGGUCAACAAUGCAGCAAUAAGUGGACUUCGUUUUGUUGCUGAAAAAAUAGUUUACAAUGCACAAGGAGAAGCGCUACUAGAGCAACUGGUCGAUGAGAAUGGAGAUAUCUUACCUGGCGUUAGUGAGCAAACAUAUGAAAUGGUAGAAGAAUGUUUAAAGACAAACUAUUAUGGAACAAAAAGAGUUACAGAAGCACUCGUUCCACUUCUCCAACUCUCUAAAUCACCGAGAAUUGUGAAUAUUACCUCUGUCUCUGGACUCUUAUCCCAUAUUCCAAAUGACAAGUUCAAAGAAGAGUUGGAUGAUAUUGACAACCUAACUGAGGAAAGGAUCGAUGAGAUGAUUCAACUAUUUCUUAGGGACUCUAAGGCUGAUAAGUUGCGAGAGAAUGGCUGGCCUCUCGCACCAGCUUCUGCUUACACAGUUUCAAAAGUUUUUCUGAAUGCUUACACAAGACUAAUGGCAAAAAAGUUUCAAAACAAGAUUCUUGUGAAUUGCGUCCAUCCCGGGCUUGUUAAAACCGAUAUGUCACUCAACAGUGGAGUUCAUGUGUCAGAAGGUGCAAAGGGUCCGGUGAUGGCUGCUUUAUUGCCUGAUGACGGACCUUCUGGGGUCUACUUUGACCAAACACAAAUAGCUUCAUUUAAAUAAUCUAAAAAGCGUACACGGAUUCUAUUCUAUGUUGUUUUGUCAUAUAUUACUCAAAGCAUGCAUGUGAAGUUCACCUUUUAGUUUUCUUUCACGAAAUAAGAGCAUGCAUAUAUACUUAUGUUGUACGGUUUUUAAUUUGUGGUUGUAUUAAAUAAGUUCAUAAACACUUCGGAGGCAAGUAUUAAAAUCUUUUUAAUAUACUAGCUUUUAGGACCCUUGUAUACC